ACAUCAAGGCCGAGUGUCUUUUGCUCUCUGUUUCUCUCUUCCCUGCUUCAGCUGCUCUGUGUUCAACCGAAGUCUGCGUCGUCAUUCUUCUUCAGCUCUCUGCUCUGGUAAUAUUCAGAGAACACUCGUCACAUGGAAAAGCACGUAAUUCUCCUCGCUUGAUUUCUUCUGCUUACUGGUUUCUACUGUAGAAGCUCCUCAGCUUACAUGCCUGAAUAGUCUAUUGUGAGGGUAAGCACAAUAAGUAGUUUCCUCGGCUGAAUCCUAAUGUCUACACUGCUGCUCGGCAUAAGGGAGGACAAAGAUCAAAGCGAUGUCAAUGUGUUGGCCUCCUCAACCACCAUGGAAAGUGUUUGCCUCAACGGCUCCAAACUGAAAGAACGCAACUACAUGGGAUUGUCUGAUUGUUCUUCAGUGGACAGCUCAGCUCAGUCCUUCUCGGACGAGAGUAAAACUAGGCUGAACCUAAAAGCUACAGAGCUGAGACUGGGGCUUCCGGGAUCUCAAUCUCCUGAAAGAGAAGACUCAGAUCAUCGGUGCUUUGAAAGUUCAACUCAAUUCGAUGAGAAACCUCUUUUUCCCUUGCAUCCUUCAACGGAUGAUCAACAUCGUUCGUCAAAGAAUGUUGUUUUGGGUAACAAAAGAGGGUUCUCAGAUGCUAUGAAUGAGUUCUCCAAGGGGCAAUUCCUAGCAAAUACGGAGGCGAAUACAAUUUUGUCACCUAAACCCUCUGCUAAUUUAGGAUUGAAAACAAGUGUUGUGCUCGAUAAAGCAAAAGAAGCAGCACCACCAAAGGUGGAACAAGAGAGUCCCCAUGUUGUGGACAAAACCAAACCAAACUAUAAUGUUUCUGCAAAUAAUAGCAGUAUACAUACUACUAAGGCACAGGUUGUGGGUUGGCCUCCUAUUAGAUCAUUUAGGAAAAAUUCAUUGGCUACCACUACGAAAAAUACUGAAGAAGUAGAUGGAAAAGCACUGUUUGUCAAGGUCAGUAUGGAUGGUGCUCCAUAUUUAAGGAAAGUAGACUUGAAGAAUUACCAUGCAUAUACAGAACUAUCUUCUUCUCUGGAGAAGAUGUUCAGUUGUUUCACCAUAGGUCAAUGCGGAUCUAAUGGAACUCUGGGUAAGGGGAUGCUGAAUGAAAGCAAGAUGAGAGAUCUGCUUCGGGGGUCUGAAUAUGUUCUUACUUAUGAGGACAAAGAAAGUGACUGGAUGCUUGUGGGUGAUGUUCCCUGGGAGAUGUUUGUUGAGACAUGCAGGAGGAUGAGGAUCAUGAAGAGUUCUGAAGCCAUUGGUUUAGCUCCCAGGAAGAAAUAAGAAGUGAAACCGGGUACAUUGAACUGUGUACGGGAUUGGAAGCUUCAUUCAAGGUGAUGUGGGGGGAGCAAUCGAAGGGCUUGUGAUUACUUAAAGGCAAGGGAUGAAGGCAUGAUGAUCUGGAUAAAUUUCAUGUUAAGCUUCCUUAACCAUGAUACUAUUUACCAUGACAGUUUUAUGAUGUAGCCGUGUCUAUGCUGAGUAAUAAGCUAUGGAAGAACAUAGAUAUGGGGGUUAAUUCUUGAUGUGACGCAGGAUCUGUAGUUUGCACAUUGUGUUGUCGGUUCAACCUUGUCUGUAUGUAUGCUUGUGUGAUUGUAAAAAGAAAAAGCCAUGCGUCGCCGUCUCGUACCUUUUACAGUUUCACUGUCACCAUUCAUUACCUGCCGACGGCACUGACAUGUUUUGGAAGCAUUUCCAUAUCGUAGCUGGGAUAUAACCAGGAA